AUAGACCUGCUGGUGAUGCUCACCUAUCUCCUGCUGGUCCUGGCCGUCGCCAUGUGGGCGAUACUGACAAGCAGUCGUGGGAACAUAGAAGACUUCUUCCUGGCUGGCCGAAGCCUGGGGUGGUGGCUGAUUGGUGCUUCUCUUUUUGCCUCAAACAUUGGUCCUGCCCACUUCAUGGGCCUGGCCGGCACGGGAGCGGCCUCGGGGAUCGCCGUGGGGGCCUUCGAGUGGAAUUCUCCGUUUCUGCUCUUUGCUCUUGGCUGGAUAUUUUCUCCCAUUUACAUUAAGGCUGGGGUGGUGACGAUGCCAGAAUAUUUGAGGAAGAGAUUUGGUGGCUCCCGGAUCCAGUUCCUCCUCGCUAUUCUGUACUUAUUCCUCUAUCUCUUCCAAAAGAUCUCAGUGGAGAUCUGCACUGGGGCCAUGUUCAUGGGGCUGGUGCUGGGGUUGGAUGCUUACCAGGCCACCAUGGUCUUGAUGACCAUCACUGGUGUUUAUAUGAUCACAGGUGGUUUCCUCACUGUGGUUUAUACUGACACCCUGCAUGCCAGCGUCAUUGUCCUGGGGUCCCUCUUGGUGAUGGGCUUCGCCUUCAAGGAAGUGGGAGGGUACCAGGAGCUACUGCAUAAGUACCCCAACGCCAAGCCAAGCAUAAUCCAGGAGGGAAACUGGACUGCCCUGCCAGAAUGCUACCUGCCUCGUGCGGAUUCUUUCCAUAUCUUCCGAAACGCCAUUACUGGAGACCUCCCCUGGCCUGGAGUGGUCUUUGGCAUCCCCAUCCUUUCUGUAUACUACUGGUGCAGCGAUCAGAUCUUUGUGCAGAGGUGCCUGGCAGGGAAGAGCAUGUACCAUGUGAAGGGGGGCUGUGUCCUUUGCGGGUACCUGAAGCUGCUGCCCAUGUUCACUCUUGUGAUGCCCGGAAUGAUCAGCCGCGUCCUGUACACAGACAAAGUGGCCUGUGUUACACCUUCCGAAUGUGAAAAGCACUGUGGCAGCAAAAGUUCCUGCAGCCCCCUCGCCUACGCUUUGCUGAUCAUCGGGCUGCUGCCCAAAGGUGCCCGCGGCCUGAUGCUGUCCGCACUGUGGGCGUCUCUCAUGUCCACCCUGACCUCCAUCUUCAACAGCGCCAGCACCCUCUUCACCGUGGACAUCUACACCCAGAUCCGGCCGACAGCCACGGAGCGGGAGCUCAUGGUCACAGCCAGGUUUUUUGUUAUCAUCUUACUUGUUGUCACCAUCGUCUGGGUCCCUGUAAUUCAAGCAACAAACAGUGAACAGCUGAUUGACUACAUGCACGCAGUGAAGAGUUACCUGGUGCCCCCCAUCGCGGCCAUCUUCCUGCUCGCCAUAUUUUGCAAGAGAGUCACUGAGCAGGGGGCCUUCUGGGGGCUGAUCGGUGGACUCCUGAUCGGCUUCAUCCGGAUGGUGUCUGAGUUUGCCUACGGACGCCAGACCUGCUCGGGAGACAACAAGUGCCCUCCGAUCAUCUGCGGCGUGCACUACCUCCAUUUCGCCAUAAUCCUCUUCGCCAUCAGUCUCCUCGCCAUCCUGGGCAUCUCCUUGCUCACAGACCCGAUCCCGGACAAGCACCUCCACCGGCUCUGUUGGAGUUUACGCAACAGCCAGGAGGAGAGGGUGGACCUGGAUGCAGAGAUGCAAGUGAAGAGAAUGGCUCUGCGUUUGCAGCCCGGGGUAAGAACGGGGACCGAGAGCUGCUUGUGGAAGGCCUUGAACAUAUACUGUGGCCUGGAGGCGAAGCCAAGAGCCAAAGUGGCCCCAGAAGAGGAGACGGAGGAGAAGACGGAGGAGUCCGGUGCCCCGUCCGAAGAGACAGUGCAGAGCGACUCGCCCGAAGGGACUAAGCCCCGCGAGGCGCUGGAGUCGCCGUUCUGGAGCAAGGUGGCCAAUGUCAGCGGGCUCCUCUUGCUCCUGAUCACGGCCCUGUGCCACGUCCUCUACCACUAACGUGGCCCAGCACAGAGCGGCUGGGGGGGGGCAACCCUGCCUCUCCCAGGCGCCCUCGUCCUCGUGGGGAGACCGCAGGGGUGGGGCCCCGGGUCUCACUAAUGAAAAGGCCCCAGUCACCCAGCAGGUGCCAGCAGCCGCAGGGACAGAGCGGAGUCCACUCCGUGCAGGGCCACGCAGAUGAGAGCGUCUGCUUCUGUACAACAGACGCGUUCCUCCAAAUGGCUCUCCUGCAUAAACACUGACGUUCACUUCAGAGUUAAUUUUGGCUUCUCGUCGCUAGAUGCAUUGGGUUUUUGCUUAAGUUUAUUUUACUGUCGGCAUUUCCUUCCUGUACCCAGCCUCCGCUUGCCUGUCCUCCCGUUUAAAUGUGCGGCCCUGCGGGCCACGGUGCUGUGUAGCGUGAGCACCCCCGUGCCGGGCUCCUGCCAGUGUGUGCCCACGAUGACCUCGCAGGCCCGCUGGGCGCAUCUGCCUGCGGAUGGGAAUGUGGGCUCCUGCUGGGCCAGCGAGAGGCUCCCGUACCCCUCCGCACCGCCUGACUGCUGCCGGGCCCUCCCAGUCUGCCAGCCGUUGGGAUGUUACUGGAGUUACUCCAAGGGCUAGAGUCCCUUGAGCUGUCACACAGGCCACUCCUGGCUGUGCCUGCAGGGCUCCCGCCUCGUCCUCAGACCUGAAUGAAG